ACAGACCUAGGAAGUUGUACCAAGUGUGAGCCAAAAUGGAGGAGAGUUCAAUGUUCCAUGGUUUUAAAAACAUUUAUGUUACUAUUUUUGCUCUCUUCUUUUUCUUUAAGCUCUUAAUCAAAGUUUUCUUGGCUCUCUUAACCCAUUUCUAUAUCGUCAAAGGAAACAGAAAAGAGGCUGCUAGGAUAUCAGAGGAGAUCUAUGGAGGAGUCUCAGAAUCCUGGGCUGAUCGAUCCCUACUUCAUGAAGCUGCAUCUCAAGGGCGUCUCCUUGCUCUCAAAACUUUAAUUGCACAAGGAAUCAAUGUGAACCUCGUGACAAUAAAUCGUGUCUCCUCUCUUCAUGAAGCCUGUCUUGGAGGCCAUGUUGCAUGUGCAAAAGUCUUACUGGAGCAUGGUGCCCAUGUGAAUGGAACCACUGUGCAUGGAGUCACACCUCUCUUUAAUGCAUGUUGUAGUGGGAGCCCUGCCUGUGUCAACCUGCUCCUUGCAUUUGGAGCCAAGCCACAACUGGAUGACCACCUGGCUUCACCCAUCCAUGAGGCUGUGAAGAGAGGUCACAGGGAGUGUAUGGAAAUCCUGCUAGCAAAUAAUGUUAAUAUUGACCAAGAAGCUCCCCAGCAUGGAACUCCACUAUACGUGGCCUGCAACUAUCAGAGGACCGACUGUGUCAAGAAGCUCUUGGAGCUAGGAGCCAGUGUUGACCAAGGCAAAUGGUUAGAUACCCCACUGCAUGCAGCGGCCAGGCAAUCCAGUGCAGAAGUCAUUGAUCUAUUAGCAGACUAUGGUGCAAGCCUGAGACGCUUAAACCAUCAAGGCAAGCGUGCUCUCGAUCUGGCAGCUCCCCAGAGCAGUGUGGAACAGGCACUCCUCCUUCGGGAAGGUCCUUCUUCACUGGCCCAGCUUUGCCGUCUGUGUAUUCGAAAGUGCUUGGGUCGAUCCUGUCAUUAUGCUAUCUACCAACUGUGUCUUCCAGAGCCACUUGAAAAAUUCCUCUUAUAUCAAUAGAUAAAAAUCUAUAAAGCAGAAAGGUACUUGAAAAAAAUGGAUGACAGCUUUACUCUAGAUACUUAGUCAUGCUUUCCUACGCUUAUACUUACAGAUCUCUAUAAGGACUAAGGCAAUUCAUUACAGGAAAACAUCGAUUCAUUCUUUCAACUUAUAGGAUGGGAUGUGGUGAUUAAUUUUAUCUUCUGGCUAACUGGUGGGGUAAACAACGUCUUUUUUUUAAUUUAAUUUUAGUUCUUACUGAUGAAAAGCUUUCUAAAACAUCUUUUCUAUCCCCAUUACAUACAAUGUAGUGAAUGUAAUAGAUUUAUUUGGUGAUUGAAGUUCUUAUAGUAAACUGGGAUCAUCAUUGGGAACAUUUGUGAUCAUUAUACAUUACUAAAUAUAGGUGGAGAAGAUUAAGAUGAAUGAAUGUUUUCUUCGGUAUAUACUCUCAAAGUUUCUUUUUUGAAUAAUAAAUCUCUGGUUAUUAUC